AUGGCGACUAGAGGAAGCAGAUCGGAGAAGGUGAAGAGAAUCUUCCAGCAAUUCGACGGGAAUCGAGACGGUGGGCUUAACCGCGAGGAGAUGGCGGCUCUCGUCGUAGCUGUUAACCCUAGAGUGAAAUUCAGUGACGAACAGAUCAACGCCAUCCUCGACGAAGUUUUCCGAACCUACGCCGAAUUCAUCGACCCCAACAAGGGUCUGACCUACGACGGCCUCCUCCGCACUUACGACGACGGCGCCGGAGACGUCGACAGAGAUUUCGACGCGUUGGGACUCGAAUUAAACGCCGACGAGACAAUCAAAGGCUCAGAGGCUUCGUCCUCCUCGAUUACCGACGAGAGAGCCGUCGAGGCGCAGAAGAAACAGAGAACCGCGGCUUGGGCGGUUUCUCCCAACCACGGGAUCGUUUUCGACGAGACGUGGAAAUUAGUCGACGAUUUGGAGAUUCUGGUGAAGAGAUUGAAAUCGAAACAGGAGAAAGACGGGAAAUUGAAAUCCGAUAACAACAACAACAAUGUCGACGCUUUCUCCGACGCCGGAUGGUCUCGAGAGUUAGGUCCUUCAGCGGAGAUCUCCGAGAAGAGAAUCUACUGGGAAGAAUCAAGCCACGACUACACAUCGUUCGUCAAGGAACUGGGAGUUUUAAGAAGCAAAGCGGACGGAGCUAGAUCGAGAGAAGAAGCCUUCGACGGACACAUGGCGAUCGGGAGAGUCCUGUACGAGCACCAGCUCUUCAAAGAAGCUCUCGUCAGCUUCAAGAGAGCUUGCGAGCUGCAACCAACAGACGUUCGACCUCAUUUCAAAGCAGCAAACUGUCUCUACGUGUUAGGGAAAUGCAAAGAGUCGAAAGACGAGUUCUUGCUUGCGUUAGAAGCUGCUGAGUCCGGAGGCAACCAAUGGGCUUACUUGCUUCCUCAGAUCUACGUCAACCUCGGGAUCGCGCUUGAAGGCGAAGGUAUGGUUUUGAGCGCUUGUGAGUAUUAUAGAGAAGCUGCGAUUCUGUGUCCAACGCAUUAUAGAGCGUUGAAGCUUCUAGGUAGUGCCUUGUUCGGUGUAGGAGAGUAUAGAGCUGCGGUUAAGGCCUUGGAGGAAGCUAUAUACUUGAAACCUGACUACGCGGACGCGCAUUGCGAUUUGGCGUCUUCGUUGCAUUCGAUGGGGGAGGACGAGAGAGCUAUAGAGGUUUUCCAGAGAGCGAUAGAUUUGAAACCUGGACAUGUUGACGCUCUGUAUAAUCUUGGAGGGCUUUACAUGGAUUUAGGUCGGUUUCAGAGAGCUUCUGAGAUGUACACUAGGGUUUUAGCUGUGUGGCCUAACCAUUGGCGUGCUCAGCUGAACAAGGCGGUUUCUUUGCUGGGAGCUGGUGAGACUGAGGAAGCUAAGAAGGCGCUUAAGGAAGCGUUGAAGCUGACGAACCGUGUUGAGUUGCACGAUGCGGUCUCUCAUUUGAAGCAUUUGCAGAAGAAGAAGAAGAACGGGAAAGGUAACGGAGGAGAAGCUCCGUUUGUCGUCGUUGAGGCGUCCAAGUUCAAGACUGUGGGAGAGAAGACGACGUUAAGGCCGGAUUUAGCGAUUGCGCUUCAGAUCAGAGCGUUUCAGAGAGUGACGAGGCUUGGGAAAUGCGAUGUGGAGGCUGUGAGGAAGGAGAUGAGAGACAACGACGUUCCUGUGUCGUAUUCCGGGAGCGGCGGGCCGACGAAGUCGAUUCGGAAACCUAACCUUGAGGAGAUUCUCCGGCGUCUGCUUAGCUCGUUGAAACCGGAGACGUUUCAAGGAGCGAUCAAGGUGAUCAACGAGAAGAUACUUUCGGUUCUCGACGAUUCCGGGUCGGGGAGAGUCGACAUGGGGAUGUUCUACGCGGUGAUUGCUCCUCUGUGCGGUGGAGUUUCGGAUAAACGGAAGAGAGUUGCGUUCGACGCGCUGCUCUGGAGACCUGUGAACGAAGGAAGCUCUCAGAUUACGAAAGCUGAUGCUGAGAAGUACAUUAAACUGUUGAGAGCUGUUUACAUUCCAUCGCAUGGGAUGAGUGAGAUGUUGGAAGUUCAUGGGGAGGAAGAAGCUGAGACAGUGACGUAUAACCAGUUUUUGGCGAUGUUCGAUGAUCCGGAUUGGGGAUUUGGGAUCAUGUCGACGAUUCUUAAACUGGAGGCGAAUGAUAGGAACCGGCAUGGAAACCAAGUUUGCUCGGUUUGUCGGUAUCCGGUUAUUGGGUCUCGGUUUAAGGAAGUGAAAGCCCGGUUUAGUUUGUGUAACCAGUGUUACAGUGAAGGGAAGGUGCCUCCGUCGUUUAAACAGGAGGAAUACAAGUUCCGAGAGUAUGGGAGUGAAGCUGAGGCCAUGAGAGCCAAGUGUGCCUGUUUCUCCACUCAAUCUCAUAAGAAACCGAUUGCCACUUGA